CUCUCCUACGGUCGUCGCAAACUUGUUGUCCCCGCAACCUCUCCCCUCCCCCUCCCCCUCCGAACUCCAAACCCUAGAGGCGCCGCACACCGCAACGACACGUCGAGCGAGAUGCGGCCGCGCGGCAGAGGCGACGACCCUGACGACGACGAGGACUACGAGUCCUCCCCGCAGCGGAGCGCCCCGGGGUCGGAUGCCGAGCCCGAAGAGCCCGCGCCGCCGCCGCCGCAGCCCGCGCGCGCGCCUCUCAGCAGCCUAGUCGUCAGGCCGUCGCCGCCGCCGCCGCCGCAGGAUAACGGCGCGUCCUCCCCGUCCCCUGCCCGUUCGUCCCCCUCCCCCGUCGGGGACGCCCAGGGUCGCCGCCGCGGGUCCUCGCUCCCGCGUCGCCGUCGCGAGUUCUCGUCGCCGGACCCCCGGAUCAGGGAGAGGCGCCGGUCGCCGCCGCCCCCUGCGAGGCGCCGCCCUGGCAGCCCGCCGCCCCCCCAGCGUCGCCGCUUCAGUCCACCUGGUUACCAGCCUCGCCCCCCACGAUUCUACGACGAGCCGCAAGGAUAUGGCAUGCAUGCUGGACCAUCACCUCCGCGCCAACGCAGAUUAGAAAGCAGCAACUUUGAUGACGCUAUUGGUCCACGUUACACCCAUGGCUAUGAAGGGAAUGGUAGAGGAUAUGCAAGGGGUGGUAGGGGAUAUGAAGUGGGUGGUAGGGGAUAUGAAGGGGGUGGUAGAGGAGGUGCAAGGUUCCGAGAUGUUUCUCCACCAUAUGGAAGAGGAGGCAGGUCGCACGGGAGGGGGGGCUAUAAUGGUCCUGGAAAGGAGUUCAUUCUAAUUGAUGGAGAAUAUGUUCACAGGAAUGAUCCAAAUCUUUCACCAAGAGAAGGUGAUUGGAUAUGCCAGAAUCCGAGCUGUGGAAACCUCAACUUUGCUCGAAGAAGCCACUGUAACAACUGCAACAAACACCGCUAUGAGUCUAGUCGCAGUCCUCACAGGGGUUACUUUGACUCUCCUCCACGAGUGCCUGCAAGGCCGCUUGGUCCACCAAGUGAUCGUGCCCCUCCAAGAGAAAUGGCCAGGUACAAGCCAGCACCCCGUGAUUGGGGUGUGGGUGAUCCUAGAAGUUAUCCAGCUAGAUCGCCUCCAGAUCGUGUAGGACGAUUUUCAGAUCCAUUGCAGAGUGAAAGGGGUUUCCGUGGUGAACGUGAGUUGCGUGACCCUGUGAAGUUUGAGUGGUCUGCUGCGGAGUACAAGCAGAGGGAGCGUCCACAUGGUGGGUUGUAUCUUGACAGGAGCCGAUCUCCUCAGGGGAGCUGGGGGAGCGAUAUGCGGGACAGAAGCAGAUCUCCUGCAGGUAACAGACCAAUGAAGGGUGCUUUCUUGGGCAGAGGUCGACCAGACCUAGAGUAUGGUGGUUCAUAUGUAGGCCGGGGGCGGUUGGAUGCUGGGCGCGGGCGUGGACGUGGGCGUGGCCGUGUUUACAGGCCAGGAGGUGAUCCAUACCCCGGCGAGGGUCGAGAUGAUCGGCGCGCUGCUCUUCAUGGUAGGGAUGAUGGACGGUACUAGUUCAUCCUUGGAACUGAUGCUCUGGAAAGAAAAAUCUAGUUAAGACGGUGCAGGUCAAGCCUGUAAUAUUAAACUACCCGUACUGUUUCCUCAACUGUGAUGACAUUUGCAAUGUUCUGAAAUGAACAAGUCCACUAUACAUAGGAUGGUGGUAUUAUUUUGGUUCA